AUGGCUGGAUCGCGUCGGAGUCCGAUCUUGAGAGAUCAGUGGAGUGCUGACCCAGACCGUGAUCCCCGGGAGAGGGAGAGACGCAGGGGUCGAGGACCAGGCCGUGAUAGAGGAGGAAGAAGCAGAGGUCGUGAUCGUGGCCGUCCCUACAGGCCCAAUAAUCGCAAUUAUGAUCGCCCCGGCCGGUCGCCACCACGCGCGUCCCGCUUUGGCCCUGACUUCUCUCAUGACUUAGGUGAUUUGGCUCCUAGUCGGUCUCCUCCUCGAGGCUCUCCUGGACCCCCUGGCCUUCAUAAUGGCCGUCGGCGAGACUCAAAUAUACCGGUGUCUGCAGCCGGCGACUGGAAUGCCCGUGCCGGACCUUUUGAUAGAGAAGUUCCCGGGCCUCGAAGAGACGAGUCACCAAGUGGUCCCCCAUCGAAACGACAAAGGACCCGAAGUCCCUCCACGUAUGGCCGCCGGGGCCCCCUCCUCCCCCGCGUUCGAAUUAUCCCAAAUACGUCGAAGGACGGGAUCGAAGCCCUUCAUUCAAGAAGCGAGGUGGCCGCACGCAGGGUCGUGGCGCUCCGAGACGACGAUCACCUCGCCGCGGCCGAGACCGACGCGGUAAGGACCGUCGCCGUCCAGACAUCCCGCGCACAGGAAGAUCUAUAUCACCGGGUCAAGAGAGAGGAUUUCAUCCCUCGCCCGAUCGGCGGUCUCGUAGCCGCAGUGGUGACAAUUACAGCGACCGUGGAUCUCACUAUCGGUCAAAUUCGAGGCACUCUGUGCGGUCUGCAAACUCGAGAUAUUCGACAUCUCCUCGCAGGUCGAGGCGUGAUUCGGAGAUGA